AUGGCGGGUACAGUGCUUGAAAAUCUCAGCAGCCGUAAGCUGGCCGUAUUAAUAUCGUUUCUACUGGCUUGUCAAGCUAUAUGUUUCUUGAUAGGAGGCUUGGUCGCGCCCGUGCCUGCGAACGUUCAGACAAUAUUGGGCACCGUGUGUAAAGAUACUUCAAAAGAUAAAAACGACACUACGAAAUGGUUUUAUGUGCGCGGUAAUGGUAAAUGCGAGAGUAUUGACCUCGCCAACGUUCAACUUGGUCAUGACUUGUCCGAAGCCGACAUUGUUUUCGCAUUCCAAAUGCCGACACCGCGAGAAGGCGAGUUUUUCGAUUACUCUCGAUGGCAGCAAAACUUAAUCGGCGUGUUACUAAUGGAUAUACGGUACCAUUCAGCGAUGGAAGUUAAAAGCCACAGCAUUGUUACGAUUGACGCUCGUCUCGCUUAUCGAAACAAAGAAGAUCCUGAAGAUGCAUGGAAGCUCUACAAGCAGUCAGUGGAGACAAGGAACUUGGACUGCGAUAUUGAUGUAAAAACUGAGGGCUAUUUAUACAACUGUACUACUGUACCUCUCUUUGAACUUGGAUCUCUCUACCAUGACUAUUAUUUACUGAACAUCCGUCUUCCAGUUGACACGAAAGAAAUGAACACUCACAUUGGGCACAUACAAGAUAUAUGGCUAACUGUUAUUAAUCAAAAUGGCGGUUUUACACAAGUAUGGUUGUCAUUAAAAACUGCCUUUUUCCCCUGCAUAGUGGGGUUGUUGAUUUGGUUUUGGAAUAGAAUACAUCUAUUGCAACGGAAACCUGUUUUGCUGGAAGAGAUGUUAUUUGCUUUGGGCAUAGCUUUAUGUGUAUUAGAUAUGCCUAUUGAGUAUUUGACGUUACACUUUGAUCUACCUUUUAUGUUACUCUUGAGUGAUGUACGUCAAGGAUUCUUCUAUGCAAGUUUAUUUUCAUUCUGGCUUGUAUUUUCCGGAGAGCAUAUGUUGAUACAAGAAGUGAGAGCUAAGAGCACACUGCGGAAAUAUUGGCGCCACUUAAGUGCUGUUCUCUUAGGUUGCGUGUCAUUAUUUAUUUUUGACAUGUGCGAACGUGGUAUUCAACUGAGAAACCCAUUCUACUCAAUCUGGGUUACAGAACUUGGGACAAACUUGGCAUUGUCAUUUAUUAUUCUCGCUGGCAUAUCUACUGGAAUGUACUUCAUGUUUUUGAGUUAUAUGGUAUGGCAAGUGUUUUUGAAUAUAUCACAGAAACGACAGUCAAUGCCUGCUAUGAGCUCCGUUCGCCGUUUGCACUAUGAAGGAAUUAUAUACCGCUUCAAUUUCUUAAUGUUGGCCACUCUUAUUUGUGCAGCAAUGACAGUAAUUGGCUUUAUACUCGGUCAAGUCGCUGAGGGACAGUGGAAAUGGGAUGAUAAUAUUGAACUGGAAUAUACAUCAGCAUUUUUCACUGGAGUAUAUGGAAUGUGGAAUAUUUACAUAAUUGCUUUGUUGGUGUUAUAUGCUCCAAGUCACAAGAAAUGGCCUGUUAAUGAAAACACUUCAGACACUCAGAAUUUGAGUGAAGAAAUUGAAUUUAACAAAAUGCCCGCUGAAAGAAGUGAAAUAUCGUCCCUCACUUCAUUUAUAACAAAACCUGCUGUGGACUAA